AGUAUGUCUAUAUGUGGCUAAAGCACAAAUUUUUAAUUGCAGAGAACAGACUUGUGAAUCCGUCAAAGAAUAUAAUUGAAGAGAAGAUAGUUGUGAUUCCGUCAAAGAAUAUAAUUGAAGAGAAGAUAGUUGUGAUUCCGUCAAAGAAUAUAAUUGAAGAGAAUAUAGUUGUGAUUCCGUCAAAGAAUAUAAUUGAAGAGAAGAUAGUUGUGAAUCCAUCAACAAGCACAAAGAAGAUGGAUGCCGAUCGGGCCAUGAAAAUCCACUUCCCAGAUGUAAUAAUUGUGGACAUCCUCAGCAGGUUACCUAUGCGGUCGCUUCUUCGAUUCAAAUGUGCUUCAAAAUUUUGGAGGUCAUUAAUCUCUGAACCCUACUUUAAAACAAAGCAUUGGAAUCACGCCAAGAAUAACCAAAAUUUUCAAAGAUUUCUUAUUGGCCAACUUUGCCCGACUUCUCAUGAUAAGUGGCUUGGUACGAUGUCGUUCUAUUGUUCCUUCUGUAUCAUCGGUCCAACUGGUUGAUGUACAAAAGCUUGGUUGCCCUUCAAAUGAUAAACCAUGCGAUUAUUCCAUAGUAUGCUGCGGCGAUGGCUUGUCUCUUCUUUGGUCUCCAAAUGACUAUCUGCUGUGGAACCCUUCCACAAAUGAAUCAGUAGUACUUCCGAAUCCCGAAUCUCCAGGAACAUUCGGUAGCGCUUACGGAUUGGGAUAUGACUCAACUAGUGAUGACUAUAAGAUUCUUAGGAUUGAAAGUAGUAGGGGUUAUGGUUCCAACCCACCCUGUAAAAUCUUUGCACUAAAGAGUGGUUCUUGGAGAAAAAUUGAUAACCACCCUCGUGGCUCUAAAAUUGAUGACCAUCCUCGUCGCCCUCACGAUACUCUAUUUGUUGUGAACUCUUUGGCAUUUGUUCAUGGCGCAUUUCAUUGGAUCAUCAUGGAUAAUUUAUCUAAGUAUUUCAUGGCUUCAUUGAAUAUAUCAAACGAGGCGUACGGAGAGAUGCCGUUGCCAGAGGGAAUUUGUAAUAUUUACAACAAGUUUUACCUAAGAUAUGGCGUUGCAGUAUUAGAAGGAAUGCUUUGUGCUCAUUGUAAUUAUCGUAAUACGGAGGGGGGCACGUUUAAGUUAUGGGUAAUGAAAGACUAUGGUGUCAAGGAAUCUUGGACUAAAUUAUUUACUAUUCAAGAGACCCAACUUUUGUCAGCCACACCGAUAUAUAGGUUUACAGAUGGUGAAGUGUUACUCCACUGCAACGGGGCUAGAUAUACUGAGUACAGGACAUCCAAAGGACCAUAUCGAUUGUUGCCUGCAUCUGCUUUACCGUAUCGAUUUUUGCCUGGAUCUGCUUUCAUCAAACAACUAUUCUGCUAUACAGAAAGCUUGAUCUCUCCAAAAUUACUUGUUUAGUAUUUGAUUAUGAUUGGAGCACCUUUUUUUUUUUUGGGAAAGUCAUGCUACAGCAUCUUAUUCUUAAAAAAUAAUUAGCUUGUUAGUUUUGUGUUUCAGAAUGUAAUUCCCAAUGUAGUUGGCUUUGCUUAUUUCAUGUUUCUAAGAGAGGUGAUAUAAGCCAUUUCUGUACUAAUGAAGAAGUGAUUGAACUCUCA